GCUUAAAACCCGACGAAGCCGCCGAUAAAUGUUUAAAUAAAUCGCUGGUGUUCCAUCACUGACAUCGGGUGACUUCUUUACGCGCGUUCUCCUAGUUGGCAAUUUGCGAAGUUCAUUUUUUGAUCCAGGAAAAUGAGGGAAUGUAUCUCCGUCCAUAUCGGCCAAGCUGGCGUCCAGAUCGGCAACGCGUGUUGGGAACUUUACUGUCUGGAACAUGGGAUUCAACCCGACGGACAAAUGCCUUCCGACAAGACCAUCGGAGGCGGCGAUGACUCGUUCAACACCUUUUUCAGCGAGACCGGUGCCGGCAAACACGUACCCAGGGCCGUAUUCGUAGAUUUGGAACCGACCGUUGUUGAUGAGGUCCGAACCGGGACAUACCGGCAACUCUUUCACCCGGAACAGCUAAUCACUGGAAAAGAAGACGCGGCCAACAAUUAUGCGCGAGGUCAUUACACCAUCGGCAAAGAAAUCGUCGAUGUCGUAUUGGACAGGAUGAGAAAAUUAGCGGACCAAUGCACCGGACUCCAGGGAUUUCUGGUGUUUCAUUCCUUCGGCGGCGGUACCGGCUCAGGUUUUACGAGCCUACUGAUGGAACGUCUCAGCGUAGAUUACGGAAAAAAAUCGAAAUUAGAAUUCUCAAUCUACCCUGCACCUCAAGUAUCGACGGCAGUAGUAGAGCCGUACAACUCCAUUCUCACCACCCACACGACACUAGAGCAUUCCGAUUGUGCCUUCAUGGUAGACAACGAAGCCAUCUACGACAUAUGCAGAAGGAACUUGGAUAUAGAGAGACCUACUUACACCAACCUGAACAGGCUCAUCGGACAGAUCGUUUCUUCCAUAACGGCUUCGCUUAGAUUCGACGGUGCCUUAAACGUUGACCUGACGGAAUUUCAAACUAACUUAGUGCCUUAUCCCCGUAUCCACUUUCCACUCGCGACGUACGCCCCUGUCAUUUCGGCGGAGAAGGCGUAUCACGAACAACUAACGGUGGCGGAAAUCACCAACGCCUGUUUUGAACCCGCCAAUCAGAUGGUGAAAUGCGAUCCCAGACACGGGAAAUACAUGGCUUGUUGUAUGUUGUACAGAGGAGACGUCGUGCCUAAAGACGUCAAUGCAGCGAUCGCGACGAUCAAAACCAAACGUAGUAUCCAAUUUGUAGACUGGUGCCCCACCGGUUUUAAAGUCGGCAUCAAUUAUCAACCGCCCACCGUAGUUCCUGGUGGCGACUUGGCCAAGGUACAGCGGGCAGUCUGCAUGCUGUCCAACACGACUGCCAUAGCCGAAGCUUGGGCCCGGUUGGACCACAAGUUCGAUCUGAUGUACGCCAAGCGCGCUUUCGUCCAUUGGUACGUCGGCGAGGGUAUGGAGGAAGGGGAAUUUUCCGAAGCGCGUGAAGAUUUAGCCGCCUUGGAGAAGGAUUACGAAGAAGUCGCUGUCGAUUCGAUCGAGGGGGAAGCCGACGAGGGGGACGAGUACUGAACCAAAACGUAAAUUCGUGGUUCGUUUUAAGGCCGUUUGGGAGUAUAAUUUUCGUUUAAGUACUAAUUUUAAUAUAUACCCGUGCUUGUAACGUUUAAUUUCAUCGUGUUAGCAUUUACUGACAUAUUUUUUUAUAGUUUCGCACGAACGCAGCAAUAAAGGUUUUGCA